UUAUGUUCAAACAAACUGUGAUUCAAAAUCAAUGCACAUUGGUAUAAUACCAGAAUCAGAUUUUGAUAAGGCUGAAAAUAUAAUUGGAACAGUCGGUCGGGUUCUAAGUAUAAUUAAAGUUGAUUCUGUUCCUGAAGAUUUUGUUUUGGUCAUGGAAGGAAUAUGUCGUUUUAAGUUGGAUGAAAAAAUUUCCGAAGAGCCAUUACAAAUUAAUAAAAUCAUUACAAUUGAAAAUUUUAAAAUCCUCCAAGGUUAUUAAUACUAAUUCAAAUAUAUGCUGUAAUUUAUUAAUUAAAUAUGUUAUCAUAAUUUAGGUGACGAAAAGACAAUACAUGAACUCAACGCUGAGUUUAUUAAAGUGGUGAAAGACUUUUUAACAUAUACUACACCAAGCGUAUUUGCAAGAGAUACCCUGAAGGCAUGAGCAAAUAUAAUUUAAACUAUCUAUUGAUUUAUUGCGUUACCUAAUGAUUUUAUUAAUUUACAGAUGUUAUUUGAUAAGACUCCCUUGUAUCAAUCAGUAGAUAUUUUACUGAAAACUUUUGUACGUUUAACUCCAGCUGAUGCCUAUGAAAUUCUUAGAGCUACAAGCUUAAACAAUCUAUUGAGAUUUGUUAUAAAUUGGUUAAAGCGAGAAACAAUUAAUGAGGACAAAUGUUCAAAAUCUGAAAAAACCGGUUUAGCUCCAGUCCCUUCGACACUUCUUAAUGGUAAUGGUGUGAAAAGAAGUAUUUUUCUCAAGAAACCAAUUUCACAAGAAUUAAAUCAAAUACAAUUAGCCAUUAAAGAUUCUGGAAUGCCAACAUCAAUACAUAAAAUGAUUAUGAAUGAAUUUAAAAGACUUUGUGUUAUGAGUACUAGCAAUUCUGAUUAUUCUGUAUCUAUAGAUUAUAUCAGUUAUGUUGCCAAUUUACCAUGGAACAAACGUACAAAUGAAACUUUAGAUCUGGAAAAAGCUAAAAGUGUAUUGAAAUCAAACCAUUAUGGCAUGGAAAAGGUGAAAAAUAGAAUACUGCAAUUCAUUGCUGUAAAGAUAUUGAACCCAGAUCGACGAGGACCUAUACUUUGUUUUAUUGGGCCACCUGGUGUUGGCAAGACAUCUAUCGCUAAAGCUAUUGCCAGUUCGUUAAAUCGAACUUUUAAAAGAAUAUCAUUAGGUGGUAUAAACCACUAUUCAGAUAUUAAAGGACACAGAAGGACAUAUGUCGGAGCUAUGCCUGGUUGUAUAAUUCAAGCAGUUAAUCAAGCAAAAACCAAAAAUCCUAUAAUUUUAUUGGAUGAAAUUGAUAAGAUGUAUAAAGGUACAAGCGGUGAUCCUGCUGCCGCAUUAUUAGAAGUUUUAGAUCCUGAACAAAAUAGCUCAUUUGUUGAUUCAUAUGUUAACUUGCCCUUUGAUGUCAGUCAAGUGAUGUUCAUUUCAACAGCCAAUAAUGCUGCUAAUAUACCACAGACAUUGCGUGAUCGAAUGGAAAUAAUUUAUUUGGAAGGAUACACACAAGAAGAAAAAAUGCAAAUUGCAGAAAUUUAUUUGAUUCCCAGGAUACUUAAAGAUCAUAAUAUGAAUAAAUUACAGAUAUUUAUUUGCAAAAAUACUAUAAAAGAUAUAAUUCAAAAAUAUACUAAAGAAUCUGGUGUACGAGAAUUACAGCGUAAACUUGAAGUUAUUUGUCAUUACAUUGCUGUAGACAUAGUUGAGAAUGGUGAUAAAAUAAUAAAAAACUAUGUGAUCACACCAGAAUUAUUAUUGAAUAUUCUUGAUGUAAGUAAGAAAAUUAUGUUUUUAUGA